CUCGUCGGCGCCGGCCCCCGCGUCCGCGCCCCAGAGCCGGGCGUCGGGGCGCCGCGAGCCUGAAGAAGUUGUCAAGGAGGCCCGGGGAACCCAGGAGUUUCCAAGCUGUGCUGCCACCUGAGCUCUGGAUCCACCUGGCUGUGGUGGCCUGUGGCAAUCGGCUGGAGGAGACACUGGUCAUGCUCAAAUCGGCCGUGCUCUUUAGCCACAGGAAGAUGCAGUUUCACAUCUUCACAGAAGACUCUCUGAAGCCUGAGUUUGACAAGCAGCUACGACAGUGGCCUGACUCUUACACAAAGAAGUUUGAGCAUAGAAUCUACCCUAUCACAUUUUCAGUUGGAAACCCUCAGGAAUGGAAGAAAUUAUUCAAACCCUGUGCUGCCCAGAGACUUUUUCUUCCGGUGAUUUUAAAGGAUGUGGACUCCCUUCUCUACGUGGACACCGACGUUCUCUUUCUGAGACCUGUCGAUGACAUCUGGAAGCUUCUGAGGCAGUUUAAUUCCACGCAACUUGCAGCCAUGGCUCCCGAGCAUGAAAUCCCCAAGAUAGGCUGGUACAGCCGCUUCGCUCGGCACCCUUUCUAUGGCUCCGCAGGAGUGAAUUCAGGAGUCAUGCUAAUGAACUUAACUCGGAUAAGAAGCACCCAGUUCAAGAACAGCAUGAUUCCAACAGGCUUGGCUUGGGAGGACAUGCUGUACCCUCUGUACCAGAAGUACAAGAAUGCCAUCACGUGGGGAGACCAGGACUUACUAAAUAUUAUUUUUUAUUUCAACCCAGAGUGUCUCUACGUGUUCCCCUGCCAGUGGAACUACCGUCCUGAUCACUGCAUGUACGGAAGCAACUGCAAAGAGGCGGAGCGGGAAGGUGUGUCUGUCCUACACGGGAACCGUGGCGUCUACCAUGACGAGAAGCAGCCGACGUUCAAAGCUCUCUAUGAAGCCAUCCGGGAUUUUCCCUUUGAAGACAAUCUCUUUCAAUCCAUGUAUUACCCUCUUCAGCUGAAGUUUUUAGAAACUGUGCACACUCUAUGUGGACGAAUCCCACAAGUUUUUCUGAAGCAAAUUGAGAAAACAAUGAAAAGGGCUUAUGAGAAACAUGUCAUCAUCCGUGUUGGCCCCAACCAGAUGCACUGAGGGUAUCACAUUGUUGCCAAUCAAUUAGGCAUCUCAUGAACUAGGAGACAUCCGUCUGCAAGCCGCCUGAGUCUCUUUUAUGUGAAUAUUUAGUGGUGCUCUAAGACAAUUGAGUUUAAAAAGCCUUGUUAAAUGUUGCUAAGUUAAUUGCCCCUCAAAGGAAAUAUGCUUUAAUUUUUCCUAAAAUGCUAUUUGUCUCUCUGUUGCUGCUUUUUUUUUUUUUCAAGUGGUGUUAUUGCUCAUUGAACAUUGUUGCAGCAGUGAGCUGGCUGUGGAAAGUGCUGUGAGCCUUCCAAUUCCUAAGUGUCUGAGACAAUGUCAGUGGCAUCCAAAGUGACAGCUUUUAUCCACUUUUUCUGAGACUCUUUCAAUGCAGUUGUUUCCCCCAUCCCUUGUUAUCAAAGUAAUAUGUGCUUCUGGUAAAUCAAACAAAUUUUUAAAAUGUGUAGAGAAUAUAUAGGUAAGUGGACCAAAGUCAGGAUGAGACUAGCCAUAAUCCUAUCAACCAGGGGAAAAGAUUUUGAUUUUAGAGUAGUUCUUUCUAGUCUUUUCCCCUACUUCUGUAUUUAUUUGCUGGUUGUCUUUUCCAUCGUAACACAUAUCUAAAACCGGUAGUCUAAAUAAAAGUUGGCCCUUAUGCUGAGAUUUUUAUGUAGGAGACUAAAAAUUUAGGCAAAAUGAUUGUUUAUGGUGCUCUGCUUAAAAAUCCACCUGGGAGAAGCAUUCAGAUUUUAGCUAAUUGGGCAGGUGGUAAAGGAUGAAGCAUAACCGGGGGUUUUUUGAAGAAAAAUUAUUUAGAUUUUCCAAAUCAUAAGAAAUGUCUACGCAGCCACAGCUUCCGGAAGGAAAUUCAGUAAUUGAGUUAAACCUAAGAGGUUUAUUUAGCAAAGAGAUGUGAUUUUGUGUUUACCCACAGACAAAAGCAGUUUAUCUCUUACGUUAGUAGAUGUGGCCUUCUCUCUUUAAACUUGUGGGCAGUAGGUGGAAAUUAAAGGCCAACUUGGAAGAUAAUGGGUACAAAUAAAUAGUUCAGCUGAUUCCAUUGGCAAAAAAAUUCAACUUCCUACCAGCCUUAGAAAGGUCUCGCAAGUGUUCAUUUUUCUUUUCUAGGGUUAUCCGACUAUUAGCCAAGGAACCGGGCAGGUCUUCUCACCUGCCUAUAGUAGAGGAAGUUCUAUAUUCUUUCCCCAAAGGGAUCUAACUUAAUCCCUAGUUACUCAAGUAGCUGGUAUUAGCAUGAGGGAGUUUUGCAUGAUGCUUUAUUUAUCUCAAAAUAACUUGUGCAUAAAUGAUCUCUUUGAUGUCUGCAACAGCCUAAUGAACUUAGUGGGAGCCUGUGUCAUCUCCACUGGGCAAAUCACGCAAUUGUAACACAAAGAAACAAACACAUUCAAUAUAAUUCCUGUUCUCUGAGACAUACAGAUGUGUAUAAAAUGCAACGGAUUUUACAGAGAAAUUUUUGGAAACAAAUAUAUUAAAUACUUUUCAACAUAUAUAGACAGCCAUCUGAAAAUAUAAAAUGAAAAAUUUUUAAUUUGGUAAUGCAAACAUAGUAUCCUACAUACUGGAAUCCAGUAGGAUAUUAGAGGUUCAGAAGAAAAACUCUUACCCUGAAAAAAAAACACAUGAAAAUCUCAGCAUUACCAAAAAAUAUAUGUAUGUCAAUCAACCUUAGUGUGCAGCAUCGUUAUGGCAAUAACAAAUUUAAAUCUAAAAUGGUUGAGUAAUAACCCAUACUUUCCCUUUGAUAAGUCGGGUGGCCUGUGGUUUGUUAUUUUUGUUUUAAGGGAAAUUACCAUGAUGAUGUGAAACUCUUAUCUUUGCUGGUAUAGUUUAUGUUUCCUCAUUUCACCACCCAAGGUGACCUUGUCUGAUAUUUUAUAUCUAAAUAUAAAGUGAGGACAUUUCUGGACUGUCUCUUGGAUGGGGAAAAUGCGUCCUGUAUACCCACAAAUAGGGUUUUGGUGAAAGAGCCAAGCUGUGAAGACGACUCCCUGACUUCCAUUCCAGUUUUCUUUCUGCUUGUUCAGCACAGCCAAUAAAUGCCACAAAUGUCACUCAGGUUUGUUAGUGGCUCACAGAUCUAAAGAAGUUCCUUUCAUCCUUUGACAAGUCCCAC